AUGUCCAAGGCUCAAUUCUUACGCGAGUAUAAGCUCGUUGUUGUUGGCGGUGGUGGUGUUGGUAAAUCAGCAUUGACCAUACAGUUUAUCCAAUCACAUUUCGUUGACGAGUACGAUCCAACCAUUGAGGACUCAUAUAGAAAGCAAUGCAUAAUUGAUGAGGAGGUAGCUUUACUGGAUGUGCUCGAUACAGCUGGUCAGGAAGAAUAUGGAGCAAUGAGAGAACAAUACAUGCGGACCGGGGAGGGUUUCCUUUUGGUUUACUCCAUAACCUCAAGGAGUUCUUUUGAGGAGGUAUCGACUUUCCACCAACAAAUUCUGAGGGUGAAGGACAAAGAUUACUUCCCUGUAGUAGUUGUUGCCAAUAAGUGCGAUUUGGAGUAUGAAAGACAGGUUCAACCUCACGAGGGUCGAGAUCUUGCUAAACGGUUCAAUGCACAAUGCAUCGAAACUUCUGCCAAACAAAGAGUCAACGUGGAUGAGGCUUUCAUUGCCGUUGUUAGAGCCAUUAGAAGAUACCAAAAAGAAUCCGGUCCACCCCAAGCAGUGGGUACACCUGGAAAAUCAAAUACUGGUGGUGUAGGUGGAAGAUCCGAAAAAGAUGAUCAUGUGGAUAAAGGAUGUUGUGGUUCAUGUGUGAUACUUUAA